AUGACGCAGGAGACGGUGGACAAGUUCGUGAUGCUCGCGCUGCCGGUAGGAACCACCGGCAGGGACCACCCGUACACGUCUCCGGCGGCGGCAGCAAGGGCGGGGGAGGGCGCGCGGCUGCCACCGAUGCUGCUGAUGGUCGCGGAGGAGGACAUGCUCCGUGAUCCGCAAGUGGAGUACGGAGAGGCCAUGGCGCGCGCGGGGAAGGCGGUGGAGACGGUGGUCAGCCGCGGCCGCGGGAUCGGCCACAUAUUCUACCUCAACUGGUUCGCGGUGGAGUCCGACCCCGUCGCGGCGGCGCGGGCACGGGAGCUCGUCGACGCCGUCAAGAGCUUCGUCGAUAGCCACUGA